AUGGCCUCCGUCUGGCUCGACAUAUACCAAAAUGAAGUGCUUCGAACAGGGAGCGCUUCCUUCGGAGUAUAUGUCGAGCUCGCGGUCGUCCGCGCCGCGUCGGGCAAUGCUCGUCGCGACGCGUCUGAACGUGACCUCGAGUCGAUUGUUGAUUCUGCUAACAACGCGCAAACAAACGGCGCAUAUAAACCCUUCACGCCCGCCCGCUCUCCUUCAUCCCGAACCACGUCCACCGACGCCUUCUGCGAUAUAAUCAGCAACGUCGUCGGUCACCCGCCUGCCUCUAUUGGCACCAUGGACCACCUCGUCACGCCCUCCCCGACCGCCCCCGCGCCCGCCGGCAUCCCCGCGUACCUGAUUAUUCUCCUUGUCCUUCUCAUCCUCUCCAUCUUCGGUUCUAUCGUCCUGGGUAUUCUCUUCUGCUACGUCUUCAAGCGUCGCUCGCCCAGGAACACCGAGCCCAUUCUCCCCGCCCCAGUAGCGGCUGGUACCGCUGCUGUCGAGCCCGUCAAGGAACUCGAACCUGCGCCUGUUUCACCCGACGCCUUUGUCCCCGCGGACGGCCCUCCGACUCCAGACAGCAAAGCUUCUAUUCGUGAAGAACCCAGGAGCAACACCGACGGCCCUGCUGCCAAGGCAAGCAACGACGCUCCUGAUGAUCACUUCGAAAACGCCCCUCUCGAGUGCGACCUUGCCUCGAGUCAUCUCAUUCAGGACGCUCAAGUGAAGAACAGCAGUCAAACCUUCUACCUCCCUGGCCCGCCCACCGACCCGUUCGACGCCGUUACCUACGAGCAAAUGUACAACUACAGAUACGAUGGACCCGACCCUCUCCAGAGCAAGUUAUUCCGGAAGCUGCCCAAUGACCGGAAGUUCGACUAUAUCAUGGCCAAGAACCUCAUGAAGAAACCUCGGCACGCGAGCGUUCAGCGUUUCAUGGACCAUCGCGAAGAGUUUCAGUAUAUGCACCUCGACCCCGCCGUUCAGGCCCUCAGCAUCACUGGCAUCGAUCUGCCGUGCUUGGCCCAAGGUAGUACGAACUCAUCUCUGGCCGGUCCGUCGCGCACGUCUCAGCCUUCAGAUGUCGCGGACGUGCCUUCGUUGCCUACGUUCACCUUCGAGUCUGAGGCUUCGGUACCAGUAUCUCAGAUGCUCGACGUUCCGAGCAACUCUAGGGAGCCCUCUACCCCAGCCGAGGUAGUAUACUCAUCGUCCUCGGCGAUACCCGUAGCACUCGGCGACCCCGUCGACGAGUCUGUCGGAACUGUCGACGCAGUUAGUGUUCAGCCGGAGCCCGCCCUGGCCAUCGACUUCCAGCAGACAGACUCGAAGUCUGUAGAGUGUGAAUUGUCCGGCGGCUAUGUCGUCUCCAAGCCGGAGGUUGAAGUAGUACCUACCCCUGCAGCCGUUGACGAUGUUGCACCCGUCGAGGACGUCAAGACUUCUGAAUCGUCAGAGGAGUCGUCUAACAUAUCUUCUGACUCUGACCUUGCGCAUGCGCAAGGUACCUCUGUGUCGUCCGUCUCGGAGGUGACGGAUGACAAGGUUGUUGGCUUUGCCGAGGCCGUGCCUACCACUACGGAGAUUGAUGUUGAGGGGGUGGUAGGGGUGUGGGUGAAGCCCGAAGGGAUAGAGGAGCUCGAUGACAAGGAGGCGGCGCCUUCCGAUAGUGAUGAUGAAGAGUCGGCGACCCUUGCUAUGGUUGAGAGUAGUAAACUCGAGGCAAGUCCCUGUGUUAACAAGCCCGCUUUAAGUGGAUUGAUGAUUGACUUCGGUAAUGUCUCUUCUCUCUUCGCAGAGAGAGCGAAACCUAUUGGGACUGUUGAACCCUCUAACGUGUCUCAUAUUGAGUUGGGGCUGUUGGGCUCGCCCUUCCAGAUGCAGUCUCCGACCACCUACGACGCAGCGAAGGGUAAGCCUGAUCCGAUGGAGACGCCUGCCCUUCCUCCUAUGGUCGCCACCUGGUGCCAGUCACCCCCUGUCCAUCUCGACGACACGCUCACUGGCGAUGCCCACGGUAACUCUCUGGGCGUGGCGGAGGUAAACGCGUCCUAUGCGGAGUCCAUCACGCUUACUAGCGAGCAGCCUCCUAUGUCGCCUCCGAAGCCGUCUGUGUGGAAGGGAAAAGCAAAGGAAGUGGAUUCAGUCGUAGAUACUCCUCCUCUGAGCCUUCCUCUCCACGACUAUCUGGGAACGCCUAGCGCGGUACAAGGACAUCCCGCGGUUACCGCUACACUUUCGUCACAGGAAAUUCUGACUUCCGCGGAUUCGGUCGGCUCUCUAGAGUACACCACUGACCCACGGGAGCAGCAGCUACGUGCGGAGGUCUCGGUAUUGUCCUCUCCUGUCUCUCGGUCUACUCCUCGUACUCGUACUCGAACGACUAGCAGCCACGGGUCCCCGCGGUAUGUACCAUACAGGCCCGCAGCCCCAACUCCGGAUGCUGGUGUUCAAGAGUAUCGCCGGUCCAUUGUGCCAUGCUCGCCCGUUAGUGUAUCUGGCUCCUCGAGGCGGUUGCUUCCGGUCGAUUUCAAGGGCACGCCGGCCUCGGUAGAAUCGUGGGUUUCGCCUUCUGGCUCGCGGUGCUCUCUUUCCCCUGUGGCUGGACCUUCUUGUUCCCGAAGACGGCCUUCGAGUUCUGCUUUUGUGCGACCGGCUCCGCCUACUCCGUCUAGGAUGAGGUCCGUGAUUACUUCGACCCCCACUUCCACUAGUCGGCGAAGCAGCAGGCAUUCUCUGGCUUUUUCUAUCCGGCGUAAGGGCAAGUACAGGGACUCUCUACCGGCGACACGUCCUCUUCGUCUCAACCCCGGUAGCACUCCUUCCGCGAGCCCUAAGGCGCUACCCCCGCAAUUAGAGCGCAUCGUACUUACAUCCCCUUCGGAUCUUCGACCGCGUUCGGAAAUUGGCGCUCUGAUGGCAAAUAUUAUGGGCGCAUGGGACUCCCUCGAGAGCUCGCCCAGUGUCUGCGGAUCCAGGCGUCGUGAACUCCGGAGGGCCUCGUCGGUAAUGGAGUUUCCAGAGUGCAGCCCUCCUGCUAGGCCUUGUGCACCGUCUCCGGCAUCGAGUCGCUCUUAUCGAAGUCCAAGGUAUCUCCCGACCAUGCUCAGCCCAACGUUCUCGCCAUCGCCCUCGGCUGGCAUUACUUCUCCUCCUGCUGGUCGACCUUCGGCGCCAUCCCCGGCUUCAACUGUCUCUGAGCGGAGUCCUAGGUAUCUGCCGGCCAUGUGCUCCUCUUCCUCUCCGCCGGUGCCUUCUGUCUGUACUCCUUCGUCUCUGGGUUGCUCAGGUCAAAGAUCUCCCGGCUUCGCAGCAAUUCCUCUUGCCCGCAAUCUGGAGUGGAUUCGUCCGGACCGACCUCCGCACUGGGGCCAACUCGCUUCUCCCUCGGGCUCUGAUUCACGUCCAACGUCUGUCUCUCUGAGGCCGGAAUCGGUACAAUCGAUCGACAACCAGCUGUUCUUCCGGUACUAUGCGAAGCGCCGACCCGAUAAAGCCUGGCCAGUGGAGGCCUAUAUGUACGGGUUCCUUCUGGAGCGCGCCGCUCGAGGGGAGCGUGUCUUACCCGAUUACUCUGGAGAAGACACUAAACUUGUCUUGACUGGCAACGGGCACUUGUCUGCGAAGGUCCGAGCGGAGGCCAAACGUGCAGAACUCAAGGAGCUUGAAGAUGGGCGACGCGCAGUGCGGUACCAUGCACGGAAUAUGGCCCGCAAAUUCGGAUUGCUGGAGGGUACCACCGACAUCCACCCCGACGAGAUAGGUCGCAUCGCGGACUACGACGAGGAACUUGAUUUGGACGACCUAUCCGAUGACAGCUCCAAUGAAUCUGCCGACAGUGGUCACGAAUACCAACCCGACCGCGCCAUCCAGAUGCUGACUACCAAGGACACGCACGACGGGUCAGAGAGCGAGGAGGCUGCUAAUGACGCGUUCAACAUGGGCCUUAAUUAUAGUCUAAACGUUUACAACCCCGCAUGGGACCCUCCCGAUCAUCCAGACCCGCGGGUGAGGAAGAGGUUGCUUCCAUUCUGGCGACGCGGACUCGUUAUGAUUGAGGACGAGACGGUCUCGCAUGAUUUUGACAGAGUUCCCACUCUGCCGACUUAG